CAGGUGAUAUGGGAGUAGGGAAGUCGUGUCUUCUCCACCAGUUCACAGAGAAAAAAUUCAUGGCAGACUGUCCUCACACCAUCGGGGUGGAGUUCGGGACAAGGAUCAUGGAGGUCAAUAGUCAGAAAGUAAAACUGCAGAUCUGGGACACGGCCGGUCAGGAGCGCUUCAGGGCCGUCACCAGGUCCUACUACAGGGGGGCCGCAGGGGCCCUCAUGGUGUACGACAUCACCAGGAGAAGUACUUAUAAUCACUUGAGCAGCUGGUUAACAGAUGCCAGGAACCUGACCAACCCCAACACAGUCAUCAUUCUGAUUGGUAACAAGGCUGAUCUGGAGGCUCAGAGGGAUGUGACGUACGAGGAGGCCAAACAGUUUGCUGAAGAGAAUGGUUUGCUGUUUCUUGAGGCCAGCGCAAAAACGUAAGUUCAUGCACACACUAUU